ACCGUGCUCUUUGCUGAAAAAAAAUCUAGCUGCGUGGUUUGAAGAGCUGCCCGAGUGCUAAUUAAGUAACUUUUGUACAUUUCUACCGGUUCCAAAUCUACAUUUCCCAGUCAACAUGGUGUACCAGGUGAAAGAUAAGAACGACCUCGAUGGACAGCUGACCAAGGCCGGCGGCAAGCUGGUGGUGCUGGACUUCUUCGCCACCUGGUGCGGACCCUGCAAGGCGAUCUCGCCCAAACUGGCAGAUCUGUCUACGCAGUACGCCGACAGCGUCAUCGUCCUGAAGGUCGAUGUGGACGAUUGCGAAGACAUUGCCAUGGAAUACAACGUCUCCAGCAUGCCCACCUUCGUGUUCAUCAAGAACGGUGUCAAGGUCGAGGAGUUCGCUGGAGCCAACGCCACCCGUCUGGAGGAUGUCAUCAAGGCCAACAUCUAAGAUGGCUGCGCAUAGACGUCUAGCUGUCCCCUUUAUCCACCUAUGAGUUCUCUUCAUAACAAUUAGUUAAUUAUUCCAUAAGUGCAGGGUUUGCUACGUCCCUUCUGUUCCAUGUAUUUCGCAGUCACUCGAAGCUGCAGUGCAGCAUUCAAAGUUCGAUGGGAUGCAGUGGCAGCAGAAGGAACCGCAACAAAAGUGAGAAACUAAGUGGCUUUUAAUCGUAAAAUUUGCUUAAUUAACAAAAAACAAUAAAUCACACAAAGAUUGUUCAUUUUUUAUUGAAAACAUUAAACAAACGCAAUUGUAGCCAGUUGUCCAAGAAUAAAAGCUAAGAAAUAAAUGUAAUAAACAUU